AUGCAGAAGGCCAUCCAGCGGACGGCAAUGGCCAAGCGCCAAGCCGCCCGCAAGUCGCAGAAGGCGACGGAGAUGGAAAAGGCCUUCGACAGGCGGUCGAACCGGAAAGAGCUCCAGCAGAUCAAGACCGCGACGAACAGGGCCAUUGCCGACGCCAAACUGCGCCGCCGCGAGGAUUGGCUCCGGGGUCCUCUGGCCCCGCGCAGAGAUGUCGGCGAGUGGAGGGAGAAGUUUGCCACCGUCGACACCAGGCGGGCCCAGCUGCCCGACGCCGACCCGUACCUCAAGGACCAGCUCUCGCCCUUCGCCGAAGGCGACCGUGUCGUCAUCCUCAAGGGUCGAGACAAGGGCAAGAUUGGUGAAGUCAAUGAGGUCGACGAGGACAGUCGGACGGUGCGCAUCAAGGACUUGAACCUGGCCGACGUCUACAUUCCCGAGUACAUGCGCCAGAACGAAGGCGACAAGGCACCCAUUCGCACCAUCGAGCUCAAGCUCGCAUUCGACGACGUGCGCUUAGUGUGGGCUCUUCCUGACAAAAAGACGGGCAAGAAACGGGACGUCAUCAUCAGUGAGGUUGUGCGGAAGAGGACGAACACCGACAAGGAUGGCAACAUCAUCUACACCCGCUUCGUUCCUGGCACCGACAUUACUAUUCCCUUCCCCAAGUACGAAACUCCUCCCCCCUCAGACCAGCCUGCGGACACGCUCCGUAUCUUGAGCGAGGAGCAGACCUUUGUCCCCACGUUGCUGCGCCCGCCUAUGCCCCCGUCCGUCAUAGACGAGCUACGUAACAAGUACAGCUACUUCCGUGACAGACACGACCCCGAGUGGGUCAAGAAGAAGCUGGCCGAGGACGAGGCGGAGAAGCAGAAGGACCUGUUGUCGAAGAAGAUGAUCACUCCGCUCAAGGAGAUGCAUGCGAGACAGAGGCGAGAGAAUAGGGCCAAGGGCCGGCAACCGCUGCCCGAGGAGGCAUUGGUCAGGAUUGGCGAGAUGGUUGCCGCGCACAAGGCAGCGAUACAGGCAGCCAAGAAGACAUCCAAGACGGCCGCAACGGUCCAUGCAUGA